GUACCUAUCCAUUCGCAACAUAAGCGUGCCUCAGUGGUAAUAAUAUCAUGUGUUCUACGUUCGUUCCAUACAAAAUCCAGCGAGGUAUAUAUAAAUGCCGUGUGUAUAGUUAUAAUACACACAUAAAACUACAUUCAACUGCUGCUUGAUUUUAAAUGGUGGUUCCGAUAAGCUGAUUUUUUCGUUUUCGGUUUAUGAUCAGUGCAUUUUACCAUUUCAGAACAAGCACAAGUGUAGCGCAGAUUUGAAGAAGUUAAAAUAUGUCGGAUAGAAAUGUUAAUCGUGCAACUAAACGAAAACGUAGUGCAGAAGAUAAAGUGGAGUUGAGUUCUGUCGGUCAGUCGUCCAGUCCAAAUAAUAAUCCGAAAAAUGUGAAAAAAACGAAAAACAAUAACGAAAGUACUGUGGAAAAUAAUGGUGGUAAUGAACAGUCGACGGAAACGUUUGAUUUCCUAAAGGAAGCACUCAAGAAAUUGCAUGAACUCGAAAACGAAAUUGCAGCAAUUGAAGAGGGAACCGAAGACGAGGCAGCAUCGAUUGAUUAUGAAAAAUUCGAGGAAAAUGCUAUAGCAUUUGAGGCUGAGGCCAUUGGAUUUGCAGUCUGUGCUCGAGAAACGUUGAACUAUUUGGCAUCGCAAGGACUAACUUCGGAUAGCCCAUUGGUGAAAUCAUUGCGUGAACGUUUAGUCGGAAAGUGUAAGCAGUUGAACGGAUGUGAAAUAUAAAUUUUUGUGGAUGUAAAAUUUGAAUCUAGUCAUCUCCAGCUCUAUUAAGAUUUAUUGUAAUGAGUUUUUUGUUUGAGCUUCUAGUCAUUUUGAUUGAACCAAUGUUUCGGUAUGAUAAGAAUUUUAUAAGUAAAAAGUGAAUUCAUUGUUUUUAAAAUGAAAUGCAACAGUUUUCCUGUGAAAA